CUUUCCAACAGAAUGAUUAUGAUUCAAUCUAAUGUAACCCAGCAGAAUUUGUCAGACAACUACAUGGGGACCAUGGCAUGCGAAAACUGGCUGGCAGCAGAGGCUGCCCUAGGAAAAUACUACCUUUCCGUUUUUUAUGGGAUCGAGUUCAUUGUGGGAGUCCUCGGGAAUAGCCUUGUGGUUUUCGGCUACCUCUUCUGUCUGAAGAACUGGAACAGCAGUAACAUCUAUCUCUUUAACCUCUCUAUCUCUGACUUUGCUUUCCUGUGCACACUGCCCCUGCUGAUAAAGAAUUAUGCCCUUGACACAUGGACAUACGGAGACGUGCUCUGCAUCAGCAACCGAUUCAUGCUUCAUGCCAACCUCUACACCAGCAUUCUCUUCCUCACUUGCAUCAGCAUUGAUCGCUACCUGCUCAUGAAUUACCCUUUCCGAGAACACCUUCUGCAAAAGAAAGAGUUUGCCGUUUUAAUCUCUUUGGCCAUUUGGGUUCUGGUGACCUUAGAGCUCCUGCCCAUGCUUUUCUUUAUAAACCCCGAUCCAGGUGACAACAGCACCAGGUGUAGGGAUUACGCAAGUUCUGGGGACGCCAAGAACAGCUUCAUCUACAGCAUGUGCCUUACCUUCUCGGGGUUCCUCCUUCCUCUUUUCGUGAUGUGCUUCUUUUAUUUCAAGAUCGCUGUCUUCCUAAAGCAGAGGGUCAGGUCGCAGGCUCCCACUCUGCCCUUUGAAAAGCCUCUCAACUUAGUCAUACUGGCAGUGGUGAUCUUCUCCGUGCUUUUCACUCCCUACCACGUCCUGCGGAACCUGCGGAUCGCUUCGCGGCUGUGGAACUGGACGCAGCCCCCGUGCACCGACGUCAUCAUCCACUCCUUGUACAUCGUGACGAGGCCCUUGGCCUUCCUCAACAGCGUCAUCAACCCCCUCUUCUAUUUCCUCGUGGGGGACCACUUCAGGGAGAUGCUGACGAGUAAGCUGAGGCAGCACUUCAACUCCCUUGCGUGCUUUAGGAGAUGUGCUAACGGGCUCGUGUUUUCCUUCAGGAAAGAGUGAGGUGCCUGGGGAACAGAACGUUUCAUGCGAGCAGCGGUAGGCCAGUGAGGGCUGGGUGGACUCGGACGUAAACCAGAGCGGGUCACAGAUCCGCCCCUGAUUUAAAGACGCGGUGCACCCAGAGCACAUAAAAAUGAAGAGGAUGGGAAGAAUUUAUUUGCUCACUUUACAAACUGAAAGAAGUUGGACAAGCAGGAAAUAUUUAGUCAGAUAAAUUCAAAAUCCUAGAAGAUAUAAUACCUCAAUCAGAA